AUGGGUAGUACAGUGACAAGAGUGGCUUGCGGACGGAACCACUCCGUAGUUGUUAUUGGUGGCCGUUUGUAUCCCUUUGGACAGAACGCAAAUGGCCAACUUGGCAAUGGUUCUGCUGUGAACCAAUUGAUUCCCCGUCAGACUGAGGAACUUGACCACGUAGUUGCUGUGUUCGCUGGCUUUGACCAAACAUUUAUCCUCCGAUCUGUUGGCACUCAUGUAUUGAAUGCUGGUCCCAAUGCUCCACUCAAGGUCCCACUCUAUCUCCGUAAAGAGGACGUGCUUAGUUUACUUUCUCGUCAUGAAAAACUCGAUUUGAUUGGCCUUCUCGAAUCUGUCUUCUCGUCUAUUAGCUGUAUUAACGGAUCGUUCCUUUAUGAGGAUGAGCGACGUUUUCUAUCCGAAGGUCGAGUUUUUGGUGUGAAUCUGGAUGACGUUAUGGACACCUUCAGUGCACUGGGAGAGUCAUCAGAUGCUCGGCAGUAUGCAGAACUAAUUAUCGAGACAUGUCAGAUAUCCGUCUUCGGCGAGGAUUUCAACCCUUCUGUCAUGAGUUCGGUUGAAUCACUUCGAAUUUACUUGAUACUAGUUUGGAUGCACGCGUUUGCAACGAAUGUUACUCGAGACGUUGUGUCUCGUUUGCAUUUGCCAUUUGCUCAGUCUGUUUCUAGGCUUAGACCAGCUUUUCGGAACGCAUUAGAAAAGUGGUGGGUGGUUCUCCCAGUGCGACAUUUCAAUCGCCUGGCUACAGCUAUGUUGGCAGCAGUUCGAUGUCUUGUUAAGGAUAAGGUUAGCCCUGGGGAAUGUCGAGAUUUUCUAGACAUUCUAGCUACGCUAUGUGCUAUCAACAAGGUCACAAAUAAAAUACCGUUGGAAAAUUUCUAUAUCCACGAGCUUGCUGAGAACUACAAUCUCAAGAUGGACUACGUGAAUUGGGCUCAUGCUCAGGAAGGUCGAGCAGCGUCCGCCACUUGUUGGUCUAACUAUCCUUUCAUUAUGAACGCAGCUGCGAAAGGAGAGUUAUUGUAUGUCGAGGCGGUGAUGUCCAUGCAGACAUCAAUGAAUGGGGCACGUUUAACGCUCUUCGGUUUCGAUCUCUUCGUUGAACAGCCGUUUUUUGAGCUUAUUGUUCGCCGACAACAUAUAGUCCAGGACACUAUAAAUGGGCUUCUCUCCAUUGAUAGACGAUAUUUGCAGCGCCCUUUAAGGGUUCAAUUUAUGAGUGAAGAAGCGGAGGAUGCAGGCGGUGUGAAAAAGGAGUUCUUUAUGAUUCUAUUCCAGAAGCUACUCCAAUCUGACUAUGGCAUGUUUGUGGAGGACCCUGAUUCACAUUUGGUGUGGUUCAGCGGAUAUGAUGUGGAGGAGAUCAACUACUAUAAAAUGGUUGGCAUUCUGUGUGGGCUUGCAGUUUACAACUGUGUUCUUGUUGCAUUUCCUUUCCCGUUAGCUUUAUACAAGAUUCUGCUUGAUCAACAACCAGUGCUUGAAGAUCUCACUGAAUUGAGUCCUGUUGAAGGCAGAAGUUUACAAGAAUUACUCGAUUAUCAGGGUGAUGAUAUUGAGGAUGUGUUCUGUCUAAACUUCACUAUUAGUUAUGCGGCUUUUGGCAGCACAGAAACCUUUGAUUUGAAACCUGGUGGAGCUGAAAUCUCAGUUACGCAAUCCAACAAAGCUGACUACGUACAAAAGUACGUUCAUCAUCGGCUAUGUGUGGGUCGCAACGGAGAGCCAAGGGAACUCAUGGAACUAGUUGUUGGCAAUGAAAACUACGACUGGUCGGAACUGCGAAAGAUCGUCCAAUAUAAAGGAGAGUAUCAUGCGAAACACCCGGCAAUCCUGGCGUUUUGGGAAGCGUUUUUCGAGUUGAACGUGGAUGAGCGCAAGCAAUUCCUACAGUUCUUGAUGGGAUCUACACGCCUGCCAGUGGGUGGCAUGACCUCCUUGCGAAUGUACAUUCAGCCAUCCGCUCCAGAGACGGAGUACCUCAGAAUUUUCUAUUGUUGGAUUGUUUCACAUCUAUGUUUCACAUAUACAUCCAUACCAACACUUCUCAAAUUCCCCAGGAGAACUGACCUUCUCAAACUCUGGUUCGAGACUGAUGCAAUGUGGUCUCUUAUGAUCCUCAAACCAGACAUUGUUGCACAUCCGGUGUUACUUAGGGCAACGCUGCGCGAGCUCCUUGAUGCAGGCAUUGUGAUCGGUGGGGCGAGGAAAGUCCAAUUGACCAGGGAAAAGGCGAAGAAGUUGUACGAGGCUCAUAGAGACAAAUUCUUCUUCUAUCGACUAGUCCGACAUGUGACGAGCGGCCCCAUAGUCGCAAUGCGUGUGAAUGGAGAUGUUCGAAGAAUUUUAGGCAGUAGCCGCCUUUAUCCACUGCCGAUCGAAGGAGAAUUCUCUACGAUUAGGCAACGAUGUUCGCUCUCCGACGUGCGGAAUGUGGCUCAUGCGUCGGAUUCCGAAGCAACCGAGAAAGAGCUAGCCCUAUUUGAGCCCCUCCUGCCAGCUCGACGUUUUUUGGACGAAAUACUCAAGUGCUGA